AUGGUUCGUCGCUGCCUGGUUUUGUGGAAGUUCUUGUUGGAUUUGUUGGCGGAUGAGCGGUAUACUCAUAUCAUCAGAUGGACUAAUCAAGAGCGUGCUGAAUUUAAAGUGGGUUUUAUGUUUUUUGGCUUAUUGGUACUAUAUAAUACAAAAACAAAUUUUUAACUUUUAAAAUUUAGUGUUACAUAAUACUUCAAAUCUUAGUACUCUGUAGUACAUUAAACUUUAGUAAUAUAUAGUACUUUAAAAGUUAAUAUUAUAAUCAAAUUAUAAUUGCUACUAAAGUAAAUAAAUAACUAGUUGGACACAACAAACUGAAGUUAGUGCCAAACUAAAAUUCAAAUUUAUAAAGCCGUUCACUUAAUUCUUCAAAUUUAGUUUUUUGUACAAGCUUUAAACCUACAAUAACAUACCCAUUUUAGCUGGUCGAACCAGAAACCGUAGCCCAGCUUUGGGGUCUUAAGAAGAAAAACCGCCCGAUGAACUACGAAAACUUAUCUCGAGCCAUCCGUACCUACUACAAGAAGAACAUCAUGAAGAAAGUAAAAGGCAAAGAAUAUGCUUAUCGUUUUGUUACUCUAGACAAACAUAUCUUGAAGGAAUCAGAAGGAACUUCAGAUGAGAGUGCUUAUUCAUCUUUGUCCACAACUUCGAAUACGUCGACGGAUUCAUCAAUGGAAAUGACAAACGAUUUGUCAAACAAUUGUCGUUUGUUUAGUGUUAGCAAUAUUGUUCAUUCAGAGAGAAGUGAUAAGAUCGCUGCUUCUCCGAAUUUGGAUAUUAACAAUGUUUUACUAUCUAACAUUGAACAUAGUAGUAAUACUAAUCUGUUAUCAGAUUUAUUUUCGUUUUCAGCAAGUGCCGCAGUACCAGAAGUAUCAACAGUACCAUUUCCGGUACCAUCACCUAUAG